CAUCAAUCAAUAAGUAACAACUUUGUUUACGUUCGAGCUGAUUUGUUGCAUUCUGAUUUUGCGCUCAUUGGUUUAAUUUAAAAACCACAGUUUAACGUAAAUAUUAUACCAAAAUGCUAUCGGCAAUGAUAAAAGACCACCAGGCGAGGCAGGCUGCCAAAAAAGAGGAACAAGAGCGUAGAAGAAAAGAUGCAAUCCUUUCCGCAAACGAACUAACGCAGAAUCUGGUGGAUCAUCUGAAUGUAGGCGUUGCUCAGGCAUACCUAAACCAAAAGCGAUUGGAUGCGGAAGCCAAACAACUACACGUGGGAGCUACAAACUUUGCCAAACAAACGCAGCAUUGGUUGACGUUGAUUGAAAACUUUAACGGAUCGUUAAAGGAAAUUGGAGAUGUUGAAAACUGGGCUAAAACGAUAGAAAACGACAUGAACGUCAUUACAACUGCUUUGGAAAUCGCAUAUAAAACCAGUCGGGAAAAGUAAUUUAGAAAGGAUUUAUCGCUGCUGCGACUGUAAUAGUGUGAGAAUAUAAUUUAUUAAUAUACUUAUUAUUUUCAAUAAAUCGACAUAUUCAAAAUUUUGGAAUA